AUGUCGCCUUUUCUCCCCGCAUUGAUCGAUUCGCACGCUAACUGUCGCCAUAAACUGGCCUUUUCUCUGAAGGAAGAAAAGCUGUACAAGGUUUCUUCAUCCUCUCGAGUAAUCUUUUGCUCUCGCCUUUUUUUCCCUUCUCUUUUUGCCUCCUCCCGCCUUAAUCCUUCGUUGUCCGCCACGUUUAUUUUCUUUUUUUACCUAUCGUCUCUGCCAACCUUCCUUGUAAUCGUCUUUCAUUUUGCUCCCCUCUUUUCUCAUCCUUUUUUACCGUCUUUCUUUUUGCUUCUCCCAUCUUUCUUUGUACCUCAACUUUUUUUUUUCUUUCGCUGCGUCACACUCUCCGCUUUCCUUUUUCUUUUUUUCGAUUUUCCUUCACUUUUUUCUCUUUCUUCACUUUUUUUUUUCCUUCCUCUUCUUUUUUCUUUUUCCUUCACUUUUUUCUUUUUCCUUCCUCUUCACUUUUUUCUUUUUCCUUCCUCUUCACUUUUUUCUUUUUCCUUCCUCUUCACUUUUUUCUUUUUCCUUCCUCUUCACUUUUUUUUAUUUAUUUUGCUUCCUCUUCACUUUUUUUUAUUUAUUUUGCUUCCUCUUCACUUUUUUUUUAUUUAUUUUGCUUCCUCUUCACUUUUUUUUUAUUUAUUUUGCUUCCUCUUCUUUUUUUUAUUUAUUUUAUUUUCUUCUCUUUUUUUUUAUUUAUUUUGCUUCCUCUUCACUUUUUUUUUUAUUUAUUUUGCUUCCUCUUCACUUUUUUUUUUAUUUAUUUUGCUUCCUCUUCACUUUUUUUUUAUUAACUCUUUUUUUUUAUUUAUUUUGCUUCCUCUUCAUUUAUUUUCUUCCUCUUCCUUUUUUUAA